UAGCAUUUAUUCCCCGGCCUCGCCUGUUUGUUUUCCUUCUCUCCCCCGUAUACACCCUGUUUGACACAACACUUGCGGACACACUGCCCAACAUUUAUAAACCAAACAUUUACUAUAUUUUUUGUCGCACUGCAUUUUAUUCAAUUAUUUAGUUAUCCCCUUUUUUAUUUAAAACACAUUUAAACCUUGCUUUCUCGCUUGCCCACAAGAAAAAAUAACAUUAAACACAUGUUUUUCUCCAGCGAAUACGGCGACGACCACACCGCCAAGUCAUCCAUCUCUACCAUAGAUCUCGAUGAGCCGUCGGCAUCACAGACAGACGUGAUUCUUAGCUGGAAGAACCUCGAAUACAAAGUUAACUCCAAGGACGGACCCAAAAGCUCUGUAAAGAGCAUUCUCAGAGGCAUAUCCGGUCAAGCGAAAUCUGGAGAAGCCAUUGCACUCAUUGGCUCAUCAGGUGCCGGCAAGACCACACUUCUCAACGCACUUUCCGGCCGCAUUGUCGGCGGCGAACUCACAGGCAAGAUUCUUUUCCGCGGUAACAAGCGCAAUCCCGAUACAUUCAAGCGUCUGACAGCCUAUGUUCAGCAAGACGAUCUGAUGCAUUCUUUGCUGACUGUCCAUGAGACACUGUCGUAUGCGUCCAAGCUGCGCCUUCCCAAUACCAACUACACUCCCGAGCAGAAGGCCGAACGCGUUAAUAUAGUUAUUCAGCAGUUGCGCCUGGAAAAUGCAAGGAACACUCGCAUUGGGGAUGCUGCCACUCGUGGUGUUUCUGGCGGAGAGCGCAAGCGUGUCAGCAUCGGUACCGAGCUGCUGACCGACCCACAACUGCUGUUCCUUGACGAGCCCACGUCAGGCCUGGACAGCAACUCGUCAGAGCUUGUGGUAGAGUUGGUCAAAAAGAUAUCCGUAGAGCAAGGCAUUGCUUCAAUCAUGACCAUUCACCAGCCCAGCGCGCGGAUCUUCAAUAUCUUUGACAAGGUCAUUUUGAUGUCUCAGGGGAGCAUCGUCUAUUUUGGCCCGACGUCUUCGGCAAUCGAUUACUUUGCGAGCAUCGGUUUCCAGUGUCCCAUGCACGAGAAUCCCGCUGACUACUUUGUCGACCUGAUGACCCUGGACUACCGCAGUGAUGAGGCGCUGGGCAGGAGCAAGGAGCAGGUCGACAUCAUGGUGAAAAAAUUCAGCGUGCACCUAAAACAGCUAGCGGUCAAAGACUCAUCCCAGGCCAAGAACUUUUGGAACGGACACCUCAAAAUCGACAGCAGCCUGCUCACAGAAGAGGUGGAUACGACGCAAAAUGGAUGGUUCUACGAGUUCCGCGCAUUGUAUCGCCGCGACUGGACCAACAUAGUCCGAAACACAUACUAUAUUAUCGGGCAGGUAAUUCAGCCAAUGUGGAUGGGUAUGUUCAUCGGGUUCCUGUUCUACUAUCUGGGCCACGACUCUGCCAGCAUUCUAAACCGCCUGGGUAUCCUGUACAUUAUUGUUGUCCAGGCAACGUUCCCUAUUUUCAUGCCUCAGAUUGCUCUUCUUGUCACAGACCUGGUUAUUGCCACGCGAGAGCAGGCAUCGGCGUCAUACCGACUGUCCACAUACUACGUGUCCAAGGCCGCAACAUAUGCGCCCAUCGCGCUCAUCUGCAACACAUUAUUCUACGCCAGUGUCUACUUCAUCAGUCGCCUGGACUUUAACGCCGGCAAGUUCUUCACCGGUCUGAUUAUAUUCUACUGCCAAAAUAUUGUAACCAUUGGUUUCAUGUUUGUGUUCGCCGGGUCCAUAAAAUCCGUCGCCGUCAUCUACCUUAUAUCCACAGCUGCUAUCACAGUACAGAUGCUUUACAGCGGGUUGUUUGUCAAUUUCAAAUCGAUUACGGCGGCGCUCAGCUGGAUCCGGUGGGUUAAUCCGAUUUUCUAUGCGUUUUCUGCAUUGGCGCAGAAUGAAAUGACCGGCAUGGGGUUUACGUGCGCGGAUGAAUUGCAGUGCUUUGAGAGCGGGGACCAGGUUUGAGCUCGUACGAUAUGAAUGUCAUCAACAUCUGGCAGAACGUCCUGUUGCUUUUGUUGGUCGGGGCAGGCUACUACAUUGGCGGAUACAUUCUACUCAUGUGGAAGGCCACGCCGAGGUACAUUUGGCUGUGAAGAUAAAUCAUAUGUUAGGCUGUCUUUUUCAUAGUCUAUAUUCAAAUUAAAUAAUUAUUACCAUUUCCUCUCGUUCUUGUGAGCGAAAACCUUGACCAAAUCCUUGCGGUCUGCGUCCAUCAUCUCGCGUAAUUCGGACUGUACGAGCUCAGGAUCGAGCAAGAACUUUUCCGCAGCAACAGCCACCGACGCAGCCAUAAAUCCUUCAACAACAGACUUCAGCCCUCACCGGUCUGCUUGA